UGCCCCACCAUCCUGCGCCUACACAACUCACUCUACGUCGUCUGAGCACGUUCGUAGCCUCACGACCUCGAAAACGAUUUCCUGCUCUUUAUUCUGGCCACUUUCAGCCUCUUCUACCCUUUCUCUGGACGGCUUAUCCUCCAUCCCAGCGCACGCUCUCGACCACUACGGAUCGGCGCGCACACGACACACACAUCGACGAUAUGGGUAAAGAAGGGAAGGGAAACUUCCAGCUUAAGACACCGAAGGGCACGCGGGAUUGGCAAGGGACAGAUGUUGUUCUCCGCGAACAGAUAUUCUCGACCAUCAUCGAGGUAUUCAAGCGUCACGGUGGCGUAACAAUAGACACCCCAGUAUUCGAGCUGCGAGAAGUCCUCGCUGGCAAAUAUGGUGAAGACAGCAAACUCAUCUAUGACCUGGCAGACCAGGGCGGCGAAAUCUGCUCACUACGAUACGAUCUCACCGUCCCGUUCGCACGAUAUCUCGCCCAGAACAGCGUCCAGCAGAUCAAACGAUAUCACAUCGCCAAGGUGUACCGACGAGAUCAGCCGGCGAUGACGAAAGGGAGGAUGAGGGAGUUUUAUCAGUGUGACUUCGAUAUUGCGGGGGCGUAUGAUGCCAUGCUGCCAGACGCGGAGAUAUUGAGGAUAGUGAAGGAGGUGUUUGAGGGGCUGCCUGGGUGGAAGGGGAAGUUUACGAUUAAGAUAAAUCACAGGAAAAUAUUAGAUGGCAUUUUCCAGAUCUGUGGAGUGCCCCAAGAGAAGAUUAGAACCAUCAGCAGCGCCGUUGACAAACUAGACAAAUCACCUUGGGAAGAAGUUCGACGCGAAAUGGUUAACGAAAAAGGCUUGGAUCCCACAAUUGCGGACAAAAUCGGUGAGUACGUACAACUCAGAGGCGGAAGGGAGCUUGUUACAAAGCUCCAAGAAAUGCCCGAAGUCGGUGCCAAUGCCUCCGCAAAACAAGGUCUAGAAGAAAUGGCCCUAUUAUGCAAUUACCUCGACAUAUUCAGCGUCCUCCCCGCUCUCUCUAUCGACAUGUCCCUCGCUCGAGGCCUUGACUACUACACUGGUGUCAUCUAUGAAGUCGUUACAGAAGGGUCAGCACCGGCCGUAACGAAGAACGAUGCGCCCAAAAAGCCAAAAAAAGAGAAGAAAAAGGUAGCAGAUGAGGACGAAGACCGAUCAAACGACCCCACACUGGGAGUAGGCUCGGUGGCCGCCGGUGGCCGAUAUGACGAGCUCGUGGGCAUGUUCAGCGGCAAGCCAAUUCCUUGCGUCGGCAUUUCCUUCGGGGUAGACCGAAUCUUCAGUAUCACGAAGGCUCGCCUAGAUGCGUCACAAAUUAUUCGACCAACCGAAGUUGACGUCUUCAUCAUGGCAUUAGGUGGCGGGAAGGAUUUCACCGGUCUCCUGCCCGAGCGAAUGGAAGUCGCAAAGGAGCUCUGGGACGCAGGUAUUAAGGCGGAAUUCACAUGGAAGCAAAAGCCGAAGCUGCAAGCACAGUUCAAGGCCGCAGAGAACGGGAGGGUGCCGUGGGCAGUUAUUCUUGGUGAGGAUGAACUUAAAGCUGGGAAGGUUAAUAUUAAGGAGAUGGGACUGCUCGAUGGAGACCCGGAGAAGAAUGGUGUGCUGGUUGAGAAGACAGAGUUGGUGCACGAGUUGAAGAGUAGGUUUGCGAGAGUUAAACCAGAGUUGGCGGAUCGGACUGUCGGUUGAAGUGUUAUUUCCAAUAAAAAGCGACUGGUCUGGAGUAAUGGGUAGGGGGAAGGAUCCAAGGCAUUACGGUGACGAUGAAGAUGAUGAUCUUGAGGAUUCUAGGCCAGACGAAGUGCGCAGGUUCUCGUCUUCUGUUAAACCGGCCUGUUCUUUAUAUCGUCGGUAAAACUAGGAUUGGAUGCGUCCGGAUUCGGACGGGGGACUCAGGUGAGGUCUUGCCUUUUAAAACCAUUAGAUGUAUACUUGCGCGUGCGUCAUAGAUCUCUUGAUAUCCGGGGGAGUGGGAUCUGAUUUAU